AAUAUCAAAUUUAGUUUCAAAAAUCAGUCGUGUCGUGUUUUCGUUUUUCAGUCGAUAGAAUUGAAUAAAUCAUAAUAAAUUUUGUAAAACCGCAAGUAAUAGUAAAUUGAAUUAAAUUAAGGGUCAAUGUGAUGCAAGUUUCGUAUUUUGGAAUGAUGUAGUGAUAUGUGAAAAAUGAGUGUCAUUUUCAUAAUAAAAAUUACUGAAAAUUUAAUAAAAAGAUAGUUUCACUAUACUGCAAAGUAUAAAGGAUGGAUGAUGAGGAGGCUGAUUUACGGGAGCAGAUAUUUCAUAACAAUGUCAGAGAGCAGAUUAUAUUCCUGUUGCUGUUUAUACUGUUGUACCUCUUCUCAUUUAUGCUGAUUGAGAAGUUUCGGAGACGAGACAGUGAGGAUUACUUUACUGCAGAUGAGGAAGAAGUUAAAGUGUAUCGUAUCAGUCUGUGGCUGUGCACAUUUGCUCUAGCAGUUUCGCUGGGGUCCGCACUGCUGUUGCCGGUAUCUAUUGUCAGCAAUGAAGUGCUAAUAUUGUACCCCAACAGUUAUUAUGUAAAGUGGCUCAACAGCUCUCUAAUACAAGGUCUCUGGAAUCAUGUGUUUCUGUUCUCGAAUCUUUCACUGUUUGUAUUUCUUCCGUUUGCAUACCUAUUCUCCGAGUCAACGGGUUUCCCUGGGUGUAGAGGGCUAAAGGGACGAGUGUAUGAAACAUGCAUUGUGUUGGGCCUGCUUGGGAUAGCUAUGUUGGGUAUGGCAUACGUCAUAUCAGCCUGGCUGAAAGGAGAUCGAUCUGGAAUUGAUGCUUUACUCAAUUUGUGGACAUAUCUUCCGUUCCUGUACUCAUGUGUAUCAUUUGUCGGUGUGCUGAUGUUACUAGUGUUCACGCCGCUUGGUUUUGUCCGUCUGUUCGGCGUCGUUGGCGGAGUGCUAGUGAAACCCCGGUUCCUGCGGGAUCUCAACGAGGAGUACUACGUGUACUCGUUGGAAGAAGACACGCUGCGGAGACGAAUCAACAACUCGAUCGCAACUGGUGGUGGCUACAUAUCGCCCGAGCCCAUGUACCCAGAGCGUGGGGAAGUGUCAGCGCCUGUUGAACUCAGCUUCAGCACCACCAAGGAAACCCCAGUGUUCCAGGGCAAAGAUGUUCCUCUCUUGAGGCUCAGGAACGGCGCCCUGCAAGCAGGUCUCAAUGAGAGGCUCCACCGAGUGGUAACUAAGAGGAAGGAAGUGGAGGAGAAGCGAAAUACGUCGUCGCUGCAGCGCAACGUGGUGUAUCCGCUGGCGAUGCUAUUGCUCCUGGCGCUCACCACCAUCACAGUACUCAUGGUGCUGCAGAACAUACUGGAGCUGCUAAUAGGGAUCAAGGCUGUGCCGCUCAGUACACGGCAAUUCACCCUGGGUAUAGCGUCGCUGUCGAAGCUGGGCUGGGCGGGAGCCACCCUGGAAGCCUUCCUCAUCCUGUACCUGCACGCGGCCUCGCUGACCGGUCUCAGUACUCCAAUGGGCGCGCUCCGGCUGCUUCCUCGCGCGCGCCGUACGCCUCUCACCAGGAUCAUUGCACUGUGUGCCUUGCUUCUCGCGCAUUCCACGGCGCAGCCAUUGCUUGUCAAGAUAUUAGGUAUUACGAAUUUCGAUCUCCUGGGCGAGUUUGGUCGCAUCGAGUGGCUCGGCAACUUCAAGCUAGUGUUACUGUACAACGCGAUAUUCGCGGCCACCGUGAGUCUGUGUCUCAUCAACAAGUUCACAGCCAGCGUGCGCCGGGAGCUCUACAACAGGUUCAAAUGGCUAAUGGACAUCUUCACAGCACCUGAGGAACCAUCACCGACCGCAAGAUUAAUAUCAAGAGCAUCAAUAGAUAGGUCUUUUGUUAUAGAUAAGAGAGACAAGACUGAUUCAAAUGAAGAGACAUUUGUAAAUGAGGAUAUAAGUAAAAAAUAAUAAUCCUAUGAAAGAAUAUAAAAGAACCAAUAAUAAUAAAAUAUAAGUUCAUAAUAAAUUUGUAAAAUGUAACAUUAAAUUUAUAAAGUAUAUUGAUCAUUUAUUGGAAAUAAACAAGUCAUAAUUAA